AGUUUCCCUUCUACGUUCACUCGAGCGUUGCUUCUCCUCUGAUCCUCUCUCUUUGGUUUCGCUGACCUCAAGUACCAGAGUCCUCCUUGAAACAUCCCACGUCGGUUACACACGUUCCGGGCAGGAGUUGUUCUAAGGUUUAUACGUGCUUCUAAAAGGUUAUUGUAUGAGUCAAAAAAUAGAAAAACCGAUACUAUCAGGUCAACGUAUAAAGACCAGGAAAAGAGAUGAGAGAGAAAAGUAUGAUCCAACUGGCUUUCGGGACGCAGUGUUGCUUGGCUUGGAUAAGGCUGGAAACGACUUAGAAGCAAUUUCUAAAUUUCUGGACGCGGCUGGUUCCAAGUUAGACUAUCGUCGAUAUGGGGAAGCUUUGUUUGACAUUAUGAUAGCUGGAGGCCUUCUAGUUCCUGGUGGCUCCAUUGCCCAAGAUGGUGACAAACCGGUUAAGACCAGUGCAUGCGUUUUUGAGCAACUAGAGGACAUGGAGUCCAUGCGGAAUUUUGAACAGGUCUUCAUCAAGCUUAUGCGACGUUACAAGUAUUUGGAAAAAAUGUUUGAAGAAGAGAUGAAGAAGGUCUUGGUCUUCAUGAAGGGAUUUUCACCCAAGGAACGGAUUAAGCUAGCUAGGAUGACGGCGUUAUGGAUCUCGAACGGUUCUGUACCACCCACAGUCCUCUCAGUUCUGAUCAACGAACAUCUCGUGAAAGACAACCUCGCAUUGGACUUUCUGCUGGAAGUCUUUGUUACCUGGAAACAGGAGAAAGGUUUAUCUAGUUUAAUGACUGCUUUGAAGAAAGGAGGCAUCGAAGGAAGGUUGAUGGAAUUUGUACCACCAAAUAAGCGAACGGAAGAACACUUCCGGUCUGUGUUUGAAGCAGUAGGCCUGGCAGAUAUUGUAAAAUUGCAUAAAGCUCAAGCCAGUCAGGAAGCCAAACGGGAUCUGCAGCAACUUCUUUUGGAUGACUUGGCAGAGAACAGGCCGAUGAAAGACAUUACAUUAGAUCUCAAGGAAAUGGCGCAACGAAGUGGCAUUCCCGAACACGAAGUGAUUGGUUUGAUUUGGGUUGUGGUAAUGGGUCAAGCUGAAUGGAACAAGAAGGAAGAGUUAGUUGCUGAACAAGCACUGAAACAUCUAAAAGUUUAUACUCCAUUGUUUGGUGCUUUUACAACCACUGCCAGAUCUGAGCUCGCACUUAUCCUCAAGGUCCAGGAGUUCUGUUACGAAAACAUGAACUUUAUGAAAGUCUUCCAGAAGAUUGUUUUACUCUUUUAUAAAACGGAUGUUGUAUCAGAAGAAGUAAUAUUGAAGUGGUACAAGGAGGGUCACUCGGUCAAAGGAAAAAUGCUCUUUUUAGAUCAAAUGAAGAAAUUCGUAGAGUGGCUGCAAAACGCCGAGGAGGAAUCAGAAUCAGGAGAGGAAGAGGAUUAAAGAUAUUUAUAACGCAUCAUUGCCAUUGACAAACGACAUAGACGCAAAAUUUCGAGACGAAUCAAGAACAAUGUAACAUCAACCGGAAAAGACACAGAUUCGAAAACAUACCAGUAAAGAUAAAACUUAAGUCAAUGUUAGGUACUUCAUGAUGAGUCAAGAGUACACACAGGAAUAGAAAAUUUUUAAAUUGUCAGUAAGAGCUAAAUAUAAACAUCCAAUCAAUGUGGAGGAACUGUAAAUUUGCAAUGUCCUUAAUUGUAUUACUUUAAGAAAAAAUAUUUUGUGUUACAUUUUUAUAACUCCGCUACAAAUAUAUACAGAAUAACAAAGAAAUUAUAAAAAAAUCUUUAUCCCUGUGUACGUACAAUUUUCGGAAUCCUAUCUUUCUUUGUAUAAUAUUGUACUAGUUUAUAGGAAAUAUACUGACAGGUGAUGUUUAA